CCGCCUCCUCCUCUCUCGCCUGCAGCCGAUCGUCCCCUCCCCCCACCCGUCGGGCUCCUCCGCGGCUACUGCAGAGGAUUCAGAGCCGAGUAGCUGAGGAGGAGGCUCCCGUCCCUGCGCGCCAUCCGCCACCUUACUGGACACGGGCGAGGGAGCGAGAGCGUCGCCGCUGUAGCCUCCGGAGAAGACAAGGGCAUCGCCUCCUGUCGCCUCCGCAGCCGUUUUCGCCUGCAGAGGCUAGCCGGAUCCUCAGUCUUCCACAAUGAACCCUGUUUACAGCCCCGUGCAGCCUGGGGCUCCUUAUGGCAACCCUAAGAACAUGGCCUACACGGACACAAGAAGGUGGCCAUCUGCAAGCCAGGAAGACCUGUCACUAGAACCCAACCAUGCUGACAUCUUGAUCUGGACUUCCAGCCUCCAGAACUGUUACCCUACAGCCUACCCGGCAGCGGCCCCUGCCUACAAUCCCAGCCUGUACCCAACCAAUAGCCCAAGUUAUGCUCCAGAGUUUCAGUUCCUGCAUUCAGCUUAUGCCACUCUGCUGAUGAAACAGGCCUGGCCACAGAACUCGUCUUCCUGUGGCACUGAAGGCACCUUCCACCUCCCAGUGGACACCGGGACCGAGAACCGAACUUACCAAGCAUCCUCUGCGGCUUUCAGAUAUACUGCAGGGACUCCAUACAAGGUCCCACCGACCCAGAGUAAUACUGCUCCACCCCCCUACUCCCCAUCACCCAACCCCUAUCAGACGGCCAUGUAUCCAAUCAGAAGUGCCUACCCCCAGCAGAAUCUGUAUGCACAGGGAGCCUACUAUACACAGCCGGUGUAUGCUGCCCAGCCCCAUGUCAUCCACCAUACCACGGUCGUCCAGCCCAACAGCAUUCCCUCUGCCAUCUACCCAGCACCUGUUGCUGCCCCCAGGACCAAUGGCGUGGCCAUGGGCAUGGUGGCCGGCACCACCAUGGCAAUGUCAGCAGGUACUCUGCUGACUACACCCCAGCACACCGCGAUUGGGGCACACCCUGUCUCCAUGCCAACAUACAGGGCCCAAGGAACCCCUGCGUACAGCUAUGUGCCCCCGCACUGGUAAAACCUUCAGCCCAUCCAAAUCUGGAGUCACACAUUGUAUGCAACUACUCAAGUCUUACACCGGUGCUGGAGCAGCUCCCUAGCAGCACCACCUCUAUUUUCAAGAAGAGACAACAGAAGUGCAAGGGUCACUUUAUGCAUCUUUAAUGAUUUUGGUUUUUAUUUUUGGUUUUUGUAAAAGCUGCUUUUUCUAAUCUCCUGCCUUUCCCCCUAGCCCCUCUCUUAGCUGCUGCCCUUUCAGCUGUACCCACUUCUACCUGAUCAGGCCACAUCCCCUCAGCACUACUUUUUUCCCCCAAGCAUCUAGUCCCCAGGAUCCCAGUCUAGUAGCAAGCAGAGUGGGGUUUAUUGCAGUGGUUCAGCUGAAGGCUCAACUUCAUUUGAAGAAUAUAAACAGAUGUGGCCCUCAAGUCCUGGGUCAGAACUCAGAGCUGUUGAGCAGGCAACAUCUCUGGGUAAUUGUUCUUUUUCUUUCUUUCUUUUUCUUUUUUUUUUUUUAAAGCAAAAUUAGUUUAGGACAUUUCUACACAAAUGAAAUGUCUUCUAAGAACCAUUGCAGCAGACCAAGAACAAAACCACCUGAUUAUGUAGGAAUGUUAUUAGCAGCUUCCUGAGAACCUGGGGAAACCAGAGUCUUUGGGAGAAUUGGGGGAAGGGUGGGGGGAGGGGGCAUUGGGGAAGGAGAGGGAAGAAAGGGGAGAGAGGUGCUUGCCUGAUGGCUUUGGUUUGAAAGGUCUCUGACCAUAUGUUCUGGGCCUGGACCUUCUGAUUUGCACAGUGAUGAUAACUGACCUGGCACUUCCUCAAAAGGGGAUUUGGACCUCAGACCCGCCAAGCAGCUGCAGGGUGGUGGGAUCCCAGCAUCCUGAGGACUUGAAAGGCCAGGUUCCCUGCAUAAUCCAGACCUCGGCCUCCAAGCCCUCAUAGACCCACUCUGAUGAGGAGCUUCCUCCUGAUUAGAGUGGGAACCUGUGGCAUUUCUCUCCCUUUCCCUUCUGCCCUUCCCAGUACCAGGGCUCACCUGUCUGUCUAUGGGGCUGGCAGACGGGCCAGGCUCCUGGUUACCUUGCGCCAUUCAUGGCCAAAGUGAAGGAACCACAUUCCAGGUGGGUGCUGGUGGCUCUGAAGGUCAGGUUGGUGAAGGAAAAGCAAUAGCAAUAAACCUUUCAUAGACUCAUGGAACUUAAGGGACCUUAGCAAUCAUCUCAUCCAUUUCCCUGUUUGACAGAUGAGGAAACUGAGGCCCAGAGAAGAAGAAAGGACUUCCCUAGACCUCGCAGUACAUUAGCAUUAAAUGCAGCCUUCCUACCUAGUAGUAUGUUGCCUACAAAAUUUACCUAGGGAUGGAUUGGCUUGGUUUUGUAAAAAUUAAGUCAGCAGCGCUCAUACCUGGUGAGCUCCAGAAUGCUCUCUGGGCUCUUGUUUCUGCUCCUUACCCUCACGGACUCCAGAGGUGUGGGUUGAAGACUGAUCUGAGGCUACAUGGGGCAGAUGGCAGGAACAGAAAUUGCAAAUGAAGAAAUAGCAUUUGGAAAUUCUGUGAAGAUAUCUGGAACUUUCGUCCUGUGCCUGACUCCACCCCUAGGAAAAGGAGCAGGUGGGCUGGCUGAAAAGGAGAGGCCAUGCUUUUAGGACAGUAGCCCCUCAUCCUGAGAAGAGAGGAAGAGAGUGGGAGCCCUCAGGAGAGGAGUUCGAGGAUAAGGCCCAGCAGACAUGGGCUCAUCUGGGAGAAGAGGGACCCCUAGGACAAAGAGGCCCCUGCUAGUCUCAGCCAGGAGCCUGGAUUGCCCAGCACCAUCCUCUUGUACCCAGCAUGUAACUGGGCCAGCAGCCCCUCUGGGGUGGGGCAGGAACAUUUUACUGUACAAAGUGGGAUCAUUGACAACAUUUGGGAUUUUUAAAAUAACUUCAUUUUAAAUUCUUGUAAACUUGGACAUACCAUUCCCCCUAUCUUCCAAUUCUCCCCUCAAGGAGGAAAAAAAUCAGGAAACCCUUGGGUCGGAAAGACCUCAGAAACCGUCUAGCUGUUCCCAGGAGAUCAGAGCCCACAGUGUCCUUGGCUCAGUGCCAGGAGUUUGGGGGCCACCUUCCUGACCUUCCAGGGAACUUCAAGACUAGAAAAAGAAAACCCAGCUAUUCUGAGAGGUCUGUUCUGGGGUGCUUGAUGAGGUUUUAUUUUAAAACAACAGAAAGUUUUCCAGUGUUAAUCCAUUUUUUGCAAAUACUUCCUCCCACCCUCUUUGGUUUCAUAAAGGUGGGUGAAGGCUGUUCUAGAUUAUGUCAUAUGUGUUUGGAAAAUGCCAAAAUAAUAAUAAUGAUAAUAAUAGGAAACAUUUGUCAGGUGCUUAAUAGAUUUCAAAGCACUUCACAGCCUUUAAUUUUACAGGUCCAGAGAGAGACAGGGUCAGUUAUUCCACCCAUUUGACAAAUGAGAAUACAGGUUGUAGAAGAAAGGGAAUGGGCCUGAAGUGAGCUGAAUGCUGGGGUCCUGACAGGCUUCCAUGACCCUGUCGCCUCGUGGGCUGGGUGGAACUACAGAAAGGAGGGGAAAAAGGAAGAGACCUAGGAAUGACCUUAUAACUUUUGUUCUUUCUACACCCAUAAGUAAAAACUAACAUCUGUACCUCACAUUGCACAGAGCAGUUUAAUAUAUAGCAUGUGGUAACCCUGAGAAAUGGUGAUUAUGCCUCCUAUUUGAUCUAUAAGGAAACUGAGGCUCAGAAACAAGCAGCAGAACUCCUUGAAUCCCAGGCUGUGUGCUCUUUCUCUUCCAGCCUGACCCCCACAGGCCCAUGUACUGAAGUGUCUGUGCUCAGCACCUUAUCUUGUAACCCUGGUAUACAAUUCAGGAUGAGAGAGAAGCUCUGAGGUAAAGAUAAGGCAUUGAAAAGCUACGGUCUGGAGGGCCCAGCCCAGAACCCCUUUGUCAGUAUAAGCAGUGGAGCCACAGCUGAGCUGGCCUUGCCCUCUUGUUUUGACAGAAAUCCAUAAGCCUGGCCAAGCUUAGGGAGUCACUACAAAGGGAUCUAGCCCUGGAGAACAGGGCAGUGUCUGCCUCUGAUUGGAUGAGCCCAGCUCUGGCAAAGGUCACAGGCUUCUGGCAGGAGAUACUGUAAAUAUCAACCAAAGAUUCUGGAUGGCCCCAUGGUCAAACUGGACAGAAGGUCAAAGCUGGAAGGGUCCUCUUGUCACAGGAAGGCGGGCAAACCAGACAACACAAGGGACAUGCACAUGUGACUUAGCCAUGACAUGCAAGCCCUCUGAAUCCCAUGCUACUGCCUCUCCCCAGCUAAGCAUUUUGGUGGCCAGGGCCAGGGGUGAAAUUGGUUCCAAUCACUAGACAACACUGUGGCUUCCCCUACUGCCCCCUGACUGGCCUGGGGCCCAGGAAGCUCAUCUAGGAGCUGGGUUCCCCAAAUGAUGAAAGCCUGAAACUUCAUUUUUUUGCCAUGCUUAAAAAAAAAAACAAAACAAAGACGUGUUUCUGUGAGAUAGACAGUUGUUGUCCCUUCAGGCAAUGAACCUAAA